UCCUCUCUCCUCCUCUUUAUCCUCGCCAUUAGCGAAGCUCACUCUCAGUCCACUUUCCCAAAUUCUCAACGUUCAGAUCGGUUUCUCUCUCUACCUUUCUCUUUCUCUCUCUAGAUUCUCGAUCACCUCCAAUGGCUUCCAAGGAACCAGUUCGCGUCCUCGUUACCGGAGCCGCAGGACAAAUUGGGUAUGCUCUUGUCCCUAUGAUUGCUAGGGGAGUUAUGUUGGGCGCUGACCAGCCUGUAAUCUUGCACAUGCUUGAUAUCCCACCUGCUGCUGAGGCAUUGAAUGGUGUGAAGAUGGAAUUGGUGGACGCUGCCUUCCCUCUUCUUAAAGGUGUUGUUGCAACAACUGAUGCUGUUGAGGCAUGCACUGGAGUCAAUGUUGCUGUCAUGGUUGGUGGCUUCCCAAGGAAAGAAGGCAUGGAGAGAAAAGAUGUCAUGUCAAAGAAUGUCUCAAUUUACAAGGCCCAAGCUUCAGCACUUGAGAAGCAUGCUGCUGCAAACUGCAAGGUUUUGGUUGUUGCUAACCCUGCCAACACCAACGCAUUGAUUUUGAAGGAAUUCGCACCAUCUAUCCCUGAGAAAAACAUCACUUGUUUGACGAGACUGGAUCACAACAGGGCAUUGGGUCAGAUCUCAGAGAGAUUGAAUGUUCAAGUUAGUGAUGUUAAGAAUGUUAUCAUCUGGGGUAAUCACUCAUCAACUCAGUAUCCUGAUGUGAACCAUGCAACUGUCAAAACACCAUCUGGGGAGAAGCCUGUCCGUGAGCUUGUAGCUGAUGAUGCAUGGUUGAAUGGAGAAUUCAUUACCACCGUUCAACAACGUGGUGCUGCAAUUAUCAAAGCUCGCAAGUUGUCAAGUGCUUUGUCUGCUGCCAGUUCUGCUUGUGACCACAUCCGUGAUUGGGUUCUUGGAACUCCUGAGGGAACAUGGGUUUCCAUGGGUGUGUACUCUGAUGGCUCAUACAAUGUACCAGCUGGACUCAUUUACUCAUUCCCGGUCACCUGCCGCAAUGGUGAAUGGUCAAUUGUUCAAGGACUUGCUAUUGAUGAGCUCUCAAGGAAGAAGUUGGACUUGACAGCCGAAGAGCUGUCUGAGGAAAAGGCAUUGGCAUACUCCUGCCUCUCGUAAAUGCUCUCCUCUCCUCUCCACCGUAGAGUGGUUGAGUCUGGAAGCGGCUAAAGUUUUGAAUAAUGCCAUUGUUAAGAUUUAGAAACCUGUUAAUGAUGGAUUAGCUGCUUCUGUUGGGUUUUACUAUUGUUGAACCAAUCAUUAGAGGAAAUUUGGAUUUUCGUUUGUUAAACUUGUGCCAGUCAUUUAUCAGAUAGGCUCAUCUUUGAAUGUAGGGGCUACUUUGAUCCAUAAGUCAAGCCCUUGAUUCUUGUUUUUCAUGCU